GGUGUCAAAUAUUUGAAUCCUUUUGUAAUACCAGGUGCUCUGAAAGAUUUAGAUUCGCCGUAUUGAUGUGAUAUGCCAUUAUGAAUUGAGUAUUUCGUUUAUUUUACAUGGAUUCAUGUCUGAACUACUUGCUGCGCGAGUAAUAUAACAUUGCUCCUGCCUUUGUAUACUUUCCCAGGUCACUUCAUAUAUCUAAAGUGGCUACUGAUUAAACAACACAGUCGUCAUGCCUUGGGAUAUGAAACAGAAACAUGUAGCAUGAAGAAAGAGAAGGAUCUCAGUUGUAUGGUUUUAGCAUCAAUUUAGAGGAUUAUUGAGCAAAAGAUGAAUUUGGAAAAUCAAAAGAUAGAACCUGUGACCGAGUUAGGACUUGCUUUGGACUAUUCAAGUCAGUGCAAUCAGAGAAUAUCAAAUGAUGAUCCAAGUGCAGGUGCAAAUGCAGGAUCAAGUGGGUGCAUGACAUUUGUGGCUGCGAAUCCCUUAUCUGAGCUGGUUUGUUCUCCGCACGGAGGGUUAAGUUUAAAAUGUGCCGACUGCAGCUUCAUAGAAAGGAAACCCUCCCCUAUAUGGGGUGCAGGGUCGAGAUUUGCAUCAGAAAAUGUUGAUCCAAUGGUUGAUGUGAAUGCUGAGGCUGAUGCGCCUGUCUCACACAGAAAUCUUGAAACCAGAGGCUCAAGAUAUGGCGAGCCAGAGGAUUGUUGUGGCUUCGUUGGGCAAAGGGCUGAAAUAACAACGAGCAAGGAAAAUGCCUUUUCAAAUGUCCCCGGUCAGGUUAGUGGUAAAAAUGGAAAUCCUCCAGAUAAUGAAGUUUCUCCUGGAGAUCCUGCCUUUGGAGGGCAAGAUGUCGCUAUGAACUAUGAGCAAUUGGCAAUGGGAGUUACAAUGGUGUCAGAAGUUCUCCCACUGAAUGAACAGAGAGCUUCUGCUACUCCAGCUUUCUCUCCAGGCGGAGAGGAUGACAAACUAGCUUCACUUUUAAGAGAGGAAAGCAAGAAAACCAGUAACCCAAGUCUUCCAUUAUUGGAGAAACUAGAAUCAACAGCUGAGAAUGACAUAAGAACUCUUAAUAGUGAGAACAUCUGCCAUGCAGCAGUUGAUGCUGUAGCCUCAGAAUCUUCCUCAGAAGUCAAAAGCAUCUCUAUGCAUGAUGCUGAUAUCCAACACGAAGGCAAACUUGUUUCUAGUAACAGAAGAAUCUGCGGAAGUCAUAAGAAAGCUAAAGAAAAGGCAUUAUCUGAUGGAGAUGCUAGUGGACGAUUACUAAAAGAGGAUGACAACAGCCAUGAGAGUGUUGAAAGCUGUAACAGUGCAGGCUUAUUUUCAGUUGGAAGAAAGAGAGGGAGUGUUGAAGCGCAUCUGAUUGGUGGAAAUAAGCGAGCUAGGUAUGUUCAAAACCAAAGUGCGUCAAGCUCUUUUGCUGGACAAGACAGCUCCUUCAUGAAUUGGAUAUCAAACGUGCUGAAGGGCCUGUCAAAAACAAAUCAAGAUGUGGCAGGCUCUCUCUCACCUGCUCUCACUGGUCCUAGUUCUGGAAAUGAGCAUCUGGAUGGUUCAUUUGUAGCUGGCGGCCAAAACCUGGAUGCUAAUAGUGGGAAUAUGGGUUUUAAGUCCAUUUUUCAAUCAAUCUACUGUCCGAAUAAAACUGCUCAAGAAUCGAGAACACUUCUGCUUCCUAGUCAAGCGGGAGAAGGAUCUACAAAAAUUGAGCCGGCUAACAGGAUAUGUGCUAAAGAUGUGCAUCCAUUAGCAUGUCUAGCAGAGAACAACAACCCAAGCAAGAAGCUGCUGCUGCAAUGCAGGAUGAUGGAUGAAUCUACUCCUGAAAUUGGAGCAGGUGGUCCAAAUAUUACUCGGGUUUUAGAUGCAAGAUUUGCUGUCUCUCAGGAGAAUUGUGAAAAUCACUCCACAAAGAAUAAGAAUCUCGACAACUUGGAUAACGGAAGUUAUAAGAACUCAAAAAAUUCAUCCAACUCUUCUUUGGGGGAAAUAAACUCAAUAAAAGCAGGUAAGGAUCAUUCUUCUUCUUCAGUAGAGAAGAUUAGUAAUCUUGGCAGCAGAAAUGAUCCUCUAGGAAGCUUGUGGAUAACUCGUUUUUCAUCAAGGACCUCUUGCUCUAUACAAAAGCAGGAUCUCUGUGUCCAGAGUAUGGGUGGAACAACCGAGGAUUCGGGGAAUCUCAUAAGAAUUACAGCUUAG